AUGCUGCUCUGCCUCGCCCUGCUUUUCCUCACGGGGCUGUCGGCGUACACCGUGGCAGGUGACAAGAAACUGGCACUCGGUGGCGCUGAAGCAAGGUCUUGGGUAACCAUGACCCUGGAGGAAGAGGUAAUCCCUGGCAUUCAGGUCCAGCUCCAGGAGGUGAAGAGGGGCAAAGUGAGCCAGUUCUUUGGGCUGAUGGGGAAGCGGGUGGGAGGGAUGCCUCCUAUCCAGCCAGGGAGGAAAAAUGGUAGGGCAGCAGCAAGGACAGAUGGUCCAGGAUCGCCUAGGCAGGAAAGGACCAUCUACAGAAGGUAGAGAGGAUGAGGACCACGGGUCGGAGUGAGAG